AUGCUGAUGAAGGGCCGAGCCAAGGAGCCGGUGUCCCCCACGCGCCUCAUGGUGCAGCGCCAGCUGCGGUGCUGCGGCACCGCCGCGCCCAGGCCUUUGCAGCGUUUUGUGACGCGCUUGGCAGACUUCUCGGUGCCCUUCUUGGAGCAGCACCGCUGCGAGGUGCUCUGCACCUCGGGGCUGCUGGUGAUCGCAGGUAUGGUGUUGAGCAUGGCCUCACUGGUGGGUGGCCUGGCGCGCGGGACGUUGCUGGAACACCUCAGCUGGAUCAACCUGGAGAGCGACGAGGAGCAGCGAUUCCUGGGCAUGCGCUUCGUGUGCAUCGCGGAGGGCCCCUUGCUGAGCCCAGCCUUUCAGGAGGCGUGGUCAGGCAGCGACCGGUGCAUCCCGCUGAGCGCCUUGGUGUGCGAGGCCCCGGACCCAAUGUCCUGCCGAAGUUGGGAUGCCAACUGCUUAUCGAGCGCCAGGGCCAAGGCCUCCAGCUGGGAGCGCGCCCAGUGCUCCGCGUGUCGGAACUCCACCGUGGCGCUGCUGCUGCCCAUCCUCAUCUCCACCGCGACGUACUUGAAGCUCAUGCACGGCGUUUUCGUGCGAUUGAGCGGCCGGGACGCCGCGCUGAACAAGUGCACCUUGGUCUUCGCUGGGCUUCUCGGGGGCCUGGCGAACCUCUUCAUCAUGGGCAUCUAUUACGUCACCUGCAUCUCCACGCUGCAGCGCGCCGAGAUCUUUCUGCAGCCCAUGCUGGGCCCAGGCUUUGGGUGCGUCCUGCUGGCCACGAUCUUCAAGCUGAGCGCCGCGUUUCUGAAUCUGGCGCUGCCGCUGGAGGCCUGCUCGGACGUAAGCUCGGAAGAGCCCUGA